CGUGUUAAAAUUCAAGUAAUGAUAAUUAUUAAUGAUUUAAAUAUCGUUUUAAUAACAGAGUAUCAAUCGAGAGAAUUUAAUACUUUUAUUUUCCAUAAAAAUGGUUAAUGACAAUCAAAUUAUGGAACACAUGGAUAGCAUCGUUAGCUCAACAAGUGAAUCAUUAGAACUGGCGAUAAGUGAUCUUAUGGAAUCUGAUCUUAGUUUUACAGAAACUAGUGGUGAAAAAUUAAAUUCCUCUUUGGUUAUAAAUAUUGACGAUUCUCACACCAAUAAAAUCGAAAACAAGCAUAACAGUAGUCUUUCAGUGAUUAUCGAAAAUGAAAAGAUAAUUAAUAAAAAGGAAAAUGAAGAAAGUAAUCCCGUUGGUACAACUAGUCAAAAACGUAAGCUUGAUAAUAAUUCCGAUUGUGACGACCUUGAGAAGUUAAAGAUUGAGUGUGCAAAACGACCUUACCUUGAUGGACAAUUUUUUCAACCUGAUUUUGAGAGUGUAACUGAUGACAAUAUUCCAGCUCAAUGUCAGUUGUGUACAACAAAAAAAAUGAUUCGAGGAUCUAUGAAAGCUCCAUCUAAUUAUACCAAGCAUAUAAAAAGGUGUCACCCAAAUGAUUACAACAAAUAUGUUGAUUAUAAAAAUGAAAAAAAAAGAAAAAAUUCUGAAUUAACUGCAUCUGAAAAUACAACUACCAAAAAUGUUCAAACUCGAUUUGAAAAUAACGUUGCAUCGUUAUUUUUGGCCACUUCUGCUCCUUUUUCUUUGGUGGAACAAUCAGAAUUUAGAAACAUUUUCAAAGAUUUACCAUUGAAAAAAGGUAUAGAAUUGAAACCUAUAUCGAGACGUACUGUUUGUCGAAGAGUGGAUCAAGUAUAUGAUCAUAAUAAAAAUAUGAUUAAAAAUAUUAUAAAAAAUCAUGAUUAUGUUUCUACCUCUGUUGAUAUAUGGAGUAAUAGCAGUUAUCGCUUUAUUGGGCUUUGUGUAAAUUGGAUCGAUGUUAAAACUUUUCAACCAUGUGUUGCUGCAUUAGCAUGCAGCAGGCUUCAGGGGACUCAUUCUUUUGACAGAAUAGCCCAAAAAAUAAGAGAGAUUCAUGACGAUUACGGAAUAUCUAGAUCUAAAAUAGUAGCAACAGUAACUGAUAAUGCAAAAAAUCUAAUCAAAGCCUUUAAAGAACAUGGUGUCGGUUAUCCGGAAAUUACUGAAUCUGAAGAAACAUCAAAUAUUGAAGAAAGCAGUGAAGAUGAGUACGAUAGCUCUGAUUCUAAUUUAUCAACACUAGAAAAUUCCGUGGAAUCUGAUCAAUGUGAACCUAUCGAAGCUGAUGAUCUGCAUAAAUUCCUUCCAAAUCAUUUUAGGUGUGCAAGCCACACGUUGAAUUUAUUAGCAACUACUGAUGUUAUAAAUUCUAUAAAAAAUGUAAAAAAAUUACACGCUAUGCAUAACGAAACAAUAAAAAGAUGUAACGCAUUUUGGAAAUUGAUGGGUACACCAAAACAAAAAGAAAAAGUCAUUGAUUUUGCUGGAUGUGCUUUUCGACGGCCAACAGUCGUACGAUGGAAUUCAUUAUAUGAUUCUCUAACCCAAAUUGUAGCUAUGAAAACAAAAGUAGUUGAAGUUAUUGAAAAAUUAGAAAUAGAUAUGUCAUUACGAGAAGUUGAUUUUCAGUACAUAGAAGAAUAUUUAAUUUGUUUGAAACCCGUUGCUGAUACUCUUGAUAAACUGCAGGGAAAUGUUACCUAUGGUUACUUAUUGCCAAGCUUGAUAUCACUCCGUAAUAAUUUGAGUUUGGUAUCGAGCAAUCGCCUAAAAUAUUGCAAACCUAUUGUAAAAGGACUCCGUGAAAACUUGACAUCGAGGUUUAAACAAUUUUUCGAAAUCGAACGAGAAGGAGAAAUCGCAGCAGUUGCUGCAGUUGUGCAUCCAGAAUUUAAAGGAGUUUGGCUGUCUUGUUUUGAAAUUGCCAAGCAAAAAAUAAUCAAGAAACUAGUUCUAAAUGCAAUGACUGAUGAAAAUAAAAUUAACGUACCAGCUCAACCUAUGGUGGUUGAUAAAUUUUUCAACUUUGGGCCGUCUACAGCAGAAUCUAAUCCGGUGAAUAUGAUGUUUGAAAAAACGACUCCAAAAAUUGAACUAGUAAAUUACUUAAGAGACGCUAACACUGAUAUGACCGUAUUGAACUCAUACCCUUUAAUUCGUGAUGUUUUUAUAAAAUUUAAUACUCCAACACCAUCUUCAGCGUCUGUCGAGAGAUUAUUUAAUCGCGCAAAAAUGACUAACUUACCGCAAUAUAAUCUUUUAUCAAAUACUAAAUUUGAAAAAAGAGUUAUAGGAAGAGCUAACGCCAAAUUUCUUACGUUUUGAAAAAAUAAAAAUUAAUGCAAAAUAA